AGAGUCUACGUGGUGAGGUUUGGAACCGUCCAACGGGUUGUGCACUUAUCACCAUGGUGGACCUUCGUAGUGGGAAGAAUACUAGCCCCUACACCCCUGAGCAGCAAGAACAGAUGGCCGCCUUAGUGAGAGAGAACAAGAAGAGGAAGGAGCUCCUGAAACAGACGAAGUUAAAGACGAUCGCAGAGGAGCAGGCGGCAAAGAUGAAGAAACUGGAGGAGGAGAUGAAGAAAGUUCAGCAGGAGGAGGAAGAGAGGAGAAAGGCUGCCGAAGAAGAAGCAGCAGCAGAAGAAGCAAAAGAGAGAAUGCAUAUUGAGAGUAGAAAGGGGAGUAGUGGCACGAAGAAGGACGAAGACACAGAGAUGGAGAAAAAGAUUAGCGGGUGGAUAACUAAUUUAUCACUGGGGGAGGAUAAGGAGGCGAAGUUCUAUGUGCCCCAGGACGAAAGGGAUGCGUUAGCCCAGGAGCUAGCAGCAAUGGAUGACCCCCUGGAAAGACAAGAAAGAGAGGAGGAGAAAUAGCUGGAGUGGCAGUUGAGAAUGAAGAGGGAGAAGAAAA